AUGUCUUCUCCAUCUCUAUGCAGUGAGCUAAUUUUCUAUGUCAACGGCAAAAAGAUAGUGGAGAGGAAUGCAGAUCCAGAGGAAAUGCUUUUGGGCUACCUCCGCAGAAGAGUUGGGUUGAUGGGGACUAAAUAUGGCUGUGGAAGUGGAGGCUGUGGCGCUUGCACGGUGAUGCUGUCCAGAUACGAGCCCUUAUGUGACGCUGUGCUACACUACUCUGUGAAUGCUUGUCUUCUCCCCAUUUGCUCUCUGCACGGCCAAGCUAUAGUGACCGUGGAGGGUAUUGGUAGUACCAAGACCAAACUCCACCCAGUUCAGGAGCGUAUAGCAAAGGCCCAUGGUUCUCAGUGUGGUUUCUGUACUCCGGGCAUGGUUAUGUCCAUGUACACAUUGCUGAGAAACCAGCCUCAACCCACCAUGGAGGACAUCAGAGAGGCUCUUGGUGGCAAUCUCUGCCGUUGCACUGGGUACCGCCCAAUCAUUGAUGGCUUCAAGACAUUCUGUGAAGCAUCAGCCUGCUGUCAGAAUGGGGAAAGUGGAAGGACUUGCUGCAUGGAAAACAUCAACACAGUCCGUAAUGAUAUGUCUGAGGAGCUGUUUAACAUGGAUGAUGCCCUGCCCCUCGACUCCUCUCAGGACCUCAUCUUCCCACCACAACUCACCCUCAUGGCAAGAAAGCAAGGAGAUGGUCGGCUGUGCUUCCAAGGAAACAGAGUUAAGUGGAUUUCCCCAGCAGAUCUGAAGGACCUUGUGAAGUUAAAAGCUGAAUAUCCAGAUGCCCCUUUGAUGGUGGGAAACACAGAUAUAGGUCCCAAGAUGAUUGUGAAGGGAGUUCUUCACCCCCUGAUCAUCUAUGGUGGGAGGAUCUCUGAACUGAGAACAAUAAAAUGGGGAAAUAAUGGGGUGACAGUGGGGUCAGCAUGCAGUCUGUCUACACUGAAGGAAGUCUUGCAGACUGCAGUUAGUGAGUUGGACCCAAACAAGACCAGAGUGUACCAGGCCCUUCUUCAGCCCCUGCUCUGCUUGGCAGGGAAGCAAAUACGCAACAUGGCAACAAUAGGGGGCAAUGUCCUGAGUGCUAACCCCAAAUAUGACCUGAGCAGUAUCCUAGCCGCAGCUGAGUGCAAGCUGCAAGUCAUCUCCAAAGGUGGAACGAGAGAAGUGAUUUUGAAUGAAGAAUUCUUUACUGGCUUUGGUAAAACUGUGCUCCAGCCCAGUGAGAUUCUGCUGUCUAUUCACAUCCCACUUUCCAAACCAUGGGAGUUUGUGUCAGCAUUCCGGCAGGCCCAGCGCAGAGAAUUUGCCUUCUCCAUGGUGAAUGCAGGCAUGAGGGUGGCCUUCAAGGAGGACACCGCUGUGGUGGAGGAGAUAGAUGUGUUUUAUGGAGGGCUGGGACCCACGUUGGUCAAAGCCGGGCGAACAUGCAAGGAACUUGUAGGACGUUCCUGGGAAGAGAAGCUCUUAUCUGAUGCAUGUCGGCUACUGCAGGAGGAGGUCGGUUUGUGCUCCUCUGCCCAUGGAGGAAGAGUGUCCUUCCGGAACACUCUUGCCCUCAGCUUCUUCUACAAGUUCUACAUGCAAGUGCUACUAGAGCUGAAAAGCAGGGGGGUGGAUGUCUGCGAUGUACCUUUGGAGUAUCUAAGUGCACUGAAACCCUUUAAAAAUGAAGUUCCACAAGGCAAGCACUCCUUCCAGCUUGUGCCAGAGAUCCAGUCCUCCAUGGACCCCGUGGGCCGUCCCAGUAUGCAUCGGGCCGCAUACCAGCAGGCCACUGGAGAGGCUCAGUACUACGAUGAUAUUCCCCCAGUCAAAGGAGAGCUUUUUGUAUCCAUGGUAACCAGCACCAGAGCACAUGCCAAGAUCAUCGCAAUAGAUGCAUCAGUAGCCCUGACAAUGCCUGGAGUGGUCACGUUCAUCUCUGCAGGAGACGUCCCGGGUCAGAACCGUAGACUCUGGUUCAAUAAUCCUGAGGAGCUGUUUGCUGAACAGGAGGUGAUCUGUGUUGGGCAGAUUAUAGGAGCUAUAGUGGCAGAGACAAGAGAACAGGCAAAGAGAGCAGCAGACAAGGUUCAGGUCACCUAUGAGGACCUGCUCCCAGUCCUUUUAACAAUACAGGAGGCAAUUGAACAUCAGUCCUUUUUCCAUCCCAUAAGGAGGCUUGAAAGAGGAAACGUGGAAGAAGGGUUUGGAAAAGCAGAGAACAUCCUGGAAGGGGAGAUGUAUAUGGGAGGCCAGGAACAUUUCUACAUGGAAACUCAAGGCCUGAUCGCUGUGCCCAAGGGGGAGUCUGGGGAGAUGGAUCUGUAUGUGGCCAGUCAGCAUGCUGCAUAUACUCAGGAGGUUGUGGGUAUCACUCUAGGAGUGCCCUCCAAUAAGAUCACGUGCCACGUGAAGCGGCUGGGUGGAGGGUUUGGAGGAAAGGUCAUGAAGAUUGCCACUCUGUCUGCUAUCACUGCCACGGCCGCACACAAGACAGGCCGGGCAGUGAGGUGUGUUUUAGAGCGUGGAGAUGACAUGUUAAUCACUGGGGGCCGACACCCAUUUCUGGGGAAAUACAAGGUUGGGUUUAUGGAUGACGGCACAGUUCUAGCGGCUGACAUUACAUACUACAGCAAUGGAGGAUGCACCCUGGAUGAGUCCACAUUUAUCAUGGAAAAAGCUUUGCUCCACAUGGACAACGGCUAUAGGAUCCCUCACCUGCGUGGGCGGGGCUUUGUGUGUAAGACCCACCUACCCUCAUACACAGCGUUCCGAGGCUUUGGUGGGCCACAGGGUCUGACCAUCAUAGAAAGUGUACUUCAUGAGGUGGCAGUCAAGUGUGAUCUACCUGCAGAAAAGGUCAGGGCCAUUAACAUGUACAGAGAUGAGGAGUCGUACACCCACCACAAGCAGGUCUUUUCCCCACGCAACAUGAUAUGCUGCUGGGAGGAAUGUCUCGAGAAGUCUGAGUAUCGCAAGCGUCUUUCUGCCAUCGAGGAAUUCAACUCCCUGAACCACUGGAAGAAGAGAGGCAUCGCAGCUGUUCCUCUCAAAUUUGGCAUUGGUUUCUCCAAGGGUUUCUAUAACCAGGGUGCGGCAUUGGUCAACAUCUAUAAAGAUGGAUCAAUUCUGGUGUCUCAUGGAGGGACAGAGAUGGGACAAGGGAUUAACACCAAAGCCAUACAGAUUGUCAGCCGUAUUCUGAAGGUCCCCAUGUCUUUAAUCCACAUUAAGGAGACGUGCACAGGAAAUGUGCCCAACGCAGCCCCAUCUGCGGCAUCUUUUGGCACAGACGCUGUGGGCAUGGCUGUGAAGAACGCUAGUGAGAAGCUCAGGAGUCGUCUGGAGCCUCUCAUUGAGAAACAUCCAAAAUACACCUGGCCUGAGCUGGUGGUUGAAGCAUAUUGCCAAAAGAUCAGCUUGUCUGCAACAGGUUUCUUCAUGGGUCCCCACACCAGCGUGGAUUGGGAGAAGAGUGAGGGGCCAGCCUACUAUUACUUUACCUAUGGUGCAUGCUGUUCAGAAGUGGAGAUCGACUGUCUAACUGGGGACCAUAAAAACAUUAGAACUGACAUUGUUAUGGAUGUUGGUAGAAGCCUUAAUCCUGCACUGGACAUAGGACAGAUAGAGGGAGGCUUUGUCCAGGGGAUUGGACUUUACACCAUUGAGGAGCUGCAGUUUUCUCCGGAUGGAGUUCUUCUGACGCGUGGGCCAUCUCAGUACAAGGUUCCGGCUCUCUGCGAUGUCCCUCCCCAGUUAAACGUGCAUUUACUCGCCAAUGCACGCAAUCCACACGCCAUCUACUCCUCAAAGGGUAUUGGUGAGCCUCCAGUUUUCUUUGGCUGUACCUUAUUUUUUGCCAUUAAAGAGGCCAUUGCAGCAGCGCGGAGAGAAAGAGGGCAGAGCAACAGUUUCCCACUCUCCUCCCCCGCCACGGCGGAGAAAAUCCGCAUGGCCUGCCAGGACCGCUUCACCAGCAUGGCAACAUCAGCUGAAAAAGGACCCUGUAUUCCAUGGACCAUCAAUGUGUGAGCCAAUCAGG